AACUUUUCCGGAAGUCUUUUCUCUUCCCCAAUGGAAAAAGGAGACAAUAACAGUCAUUAUUAUGAAGGCUCUCUACUCGCACAAAAAACAAACUGCAAAUCCUUUAACAGCGAAAUAAAUUCAGAAAAUAGUUCCUCAAUUUAUUACAAUAGAAACAAUUCAAGAAUGAUUUCUGCUUAUGCUAUGGAAGAACAAAAACAGCAACUUUUUGGAAUUUGUGAAUUAAUACAGACAAAUAUUAAAGCUUUACUUGAACAAAUUGAGAAGAUUAUAAGGGGGAUAGCUAAAAGAGAAAGUGAUAUUAGUUAUGAAGAGAUGAGAUCAAGAUUGUUGGAUAUACUUGAGGAAUAUAGACUAGGGGCAUGGCCAGUAUUAGUGGAUGUUGACUCACAAGUUAAAUUGCUCUCCAAAACAGUUCGGCAGACAAUAGACUCAUGCAAUAUAAGCGAACCUCGCUUAGCUUGGCUUCUUGCAAUCAAUAAAUUUCAGGUAAUGAGCGUUGAGUAA